CUGCUGUGUACAGACUUAAAAGAAGGGAGUGACAUACACAACUUAAUGAAGAGUCCCUGAUUGAUGGCUUUUUUGGAGCUGAAGAGAACGUGCAUUCUUAGGUGCCAUACAAAGUAUCAGCAUGAAAUACGCUGCGGUCUUCACUUCAGUGGAACUUAUUGUUUUUGCACUCAUACAGAACCAGCACUUUGGAGAGACACAGCUUGUCGAUGGAGUACCUGCUGAUGGAUCCAGCUGCCACUGUCACUGCACUGUCAAGUCUCCCAGCAGCCAUAUCUGCAAGAAGGUGAGGAGUCAGCAAGGACAAAUGGAGCCCCUAUAUUUAGUGUCAGCCCUCUCAUCAGGGCCUAACUGUCACUGCAGCUGUAAGAUGGACAACACAACAUCAUGGAACCCCUGUGAAAUUGACUGGGCUCAGGAGAAGAUCAGAAACAAAGCCUUGGACCUAAUUAAGGUUUUUUCCAUGGCUGAGCAGCUUACAGAGGCUAUGCAAAGCAAUGAGCUAAGAAGGCUGAAUGCAAAUGUGAACAGACUAUCCCUCCAUCUGAAAACUCUGGAGCAGGAGCUGAAAUAUAACGUGACUCUGCGCAGCAGUUCCAUAGAGGAAAGCCAAGUGAACCUCAUGCAUCAUGCCCAGACCUUCAAGAAUUAUUCCGAAACUAUCAGGACACUGGCCAAGCAGCUCUCAAAGCUUAAUCUGUUCCUCAGGCAUAAAGGCUUUAAUACGUCUGUCAAACCAGCAAAGACAAAAUCUCCAAAGCACCCAGAGUUUAUUGAUCAAGGAGUCAGAGAUGGAAAAGAGACAAAAAAGGAUGGAAAGAAGACACUGGCCAUAGGCAAUUUUGGAAAUAAUGUGGGUGUCAAAGAAAGAAGCUCAGCAGGCAGCUCUAGCAACAAGGAAUCAGAAAAACCUGACAGAGCAAGCAGUAUACCAGUUACAGACUUGGAGGAUGGACAAACGAACAAUGGCAGUCCAACCCAGAUCAGGCCAGCUAUUUCAGAAGAGCAGAGCUCAAGUGAGCACUCUAACAGAGUCCGUGAGGAUGAUUGUGCAGGAACCCUAACUGCUGUAGAAGAACCAUUUACCCAUGGAAAGUAUGGAAAAGCUGAGGGAGCAUGGAUGAAGGAUCCAUUAUCUGGAGACGAUAACAUUUAUGUGGCCAACUACCUCUUUGGUAGUACUCUUCUGGAGUUCAGGAAUCUGGAGUACUUCAAACAAGGUCGGGUCAGCAGGUCAUACGGUCUCCCUUGCAGCUGGAUUGGGACAGGCCACGUGGUCUACAAUGGUUCCUUCUACUAUAAUAAGGCAUUUACUCAAACAAUACUGCGUUAUGACCUCCAUCAACGUUCCACAGCAGCAUGGAAUACACUGGAUGACCUAAUUCCCCAGCCUGCUACUCCCUCUCGCUGGAGAGGCUAUUCUGAUGUAAACUUUGCUGCCGAUGAAAGUGGCCUGUGGGUAGUCUAUGCUUCAAAUGACUUUGGCUACCAGCCAGAAGAUGUCCUUGUGGUGGCUAAGAUAGACCCAGUGGAGCUGGUGACAAGGAAAGAGACAACCUGGAAAACAGGACUAAGGCGUCAGUUUUAUGGUAAUUACUUUAUUAUCUGUGGUGUGCUCUAUGUGGUGAAUCAGCAAGCUCAGAAGGAUGGUUCCAUUUCCUUUGCCUAUGACACCCACACUAAUUCUGACACAUCCCCAGGUUUACUUUUCCCUAGUCACAGUACUAUCCUCACCCAACUCGACUAUAACCCAAAGGACAAACUACUUUACGCAUGGGACAAUGGGACACAAGUGACAUACAGCCUUCUAUUUAUAUUUUAAUUUUGCUGUCUGCUGCGAUUGCUGGGACUCUGUAACUAGUAACCAUAAGUUAUGAGAUAUUCAGGUUGUUCCCCUGGAAGAUAGCCAUGAUGACUAGCCAAACCACACUGCAUUAAAGCUGUUUGUAAACCAUACUGGACAUAAACAAUGUGUGGCAGAAGAUUACUAAAAAUGUUGCCCUCCCACUACUACUAUUGCAAAAAAAAAAUUGCCUUUCAAGUUUCUACAUUUUUACUCACUCAGAUGACCAGAUGAGGGCAACAUAUUUCUUCUCUAUGGCUUACUGACAUAUUAAAGUGAAACUUGAAAGGAUAUGGAUACAAUGGAAAAUAAUAAAAGCCUUAAGUCAUUUGAUUAUGUAUCUUAAAGGUUGCAGAACAUUUUUGUUUGGUCUAGCAGUCACGUGAAAAUCACACCCCUCAACCUCUCUGUGCCUUUAUAUGGUUCUAAUAUAAUGAAGAUAACUGGUAAAUCAUGGAGAAGAUAAAAUCAGGAAACAAAUAUCAUAGCACUACACUUAAAUCAUAGUACUUAAGAGGUAUGUGUGAAAUAAACUGUUACUUAAUAUUUACAUCAGCUGAUAAAGUCACUCUCAGUCUUAACUUUACUGUUUUUAAUACUAUGAUAGAAUAGAAUUUAUUUAUUGUCCUGUGCAUUUCUUUAUUUUUUUGAUAUAUAAGUAAUGUAAUUAUGCUUUGAUUUUUUUUCACCUAAAGUUGUCCCUUUGGACAGAGGACAGAAUCCUCCCCCACUGUACCUGAUGAGCACUGAGUAGGCAAAACACCUUUCAGGGUAGAUAGUACUGGAAAUACUGGAUGGCUAGAGUGUAACUGGGUCUAGUUUCUCUAAGGAAUAUACAGGAA